UUUCAUUGUGUCUCAUUUAUAUAAUUACGAGUCCUGUAAAGAUAAUUAGAAUGACUAAAUUUAAUACACUUUUUAUAAUUUUGUUAGCGAUUUUUGGAAGUGAUGGCUACAGAAUUUUAGCAGUUUUCCCCUUUAACUCAAGGAGUCAUAAUAUAUUCUUGGAAGGUGUCUCGAGAGGAUUAGCAAAUCGAGGACAUCAAGUCGAUGUGAUUUCUCACUUUGAGAUGAAAAAUCCGCCAAAAACGUUAAAGACAAUCGUCAACUUACAUGGUACGAGGGCGAAUUUAAUGAACAACUUCACUAUUGAAUUCGCAUCUCAAUUAGGUUCGGACCUUGUUCCCUUCAUUGCCAAGCUUUAUGGAAACGAACUUUGCGAAUUAAUGGGCCUUGAGAAGUUUCAGAAAUUUCUUAGGAAUCUUCUUCAUUAUGACGCUGUUGUUACAGAGGCAUUUGGUGCAAAUUGUUUUAUGGGACUAGGACACAUUCUAAAAAAUGCUCCCGUAAUAGCAGUUGCUACAACUUUGGAAUAUUCAUGGAUAAGUGAUGCAGUGCGAAAUCCAGAUUCAACUGCUUUUGCACCGAACGUGUUAUUGGAUUCAGAUAUUUCUACUUUUUGGGACCGAUUAAAAAAUACAAUCGUGACCGAACUAAGUAAAUUUAGAUUUUAUAUUUAUACCAAAGAAGCACAAACAAAGGCAAUGAGAAAAUACUUGAGACCGAAUAUGCCAAAUAUUAGAGAAGUUGAGAGAAGUGUCGCUUUGACAUUGGUUAAUUCUUUUCAUAGUAUAUUUGGUAUAAGAAUCAGAUCACCAGGUUUUAUCGACAUAGCAGGAAUUCACAUUGAAGAUAACGAUGAUAAAUUAUCUCUGGAUCUUCAAAAAUGGAUGGACGAAAGUAAGGAUGGAGUUGUUUAUUUUACUCUGGGAUCAAUGGUAAUAAUCGAAACACUUUCAAAAGAAACACUGCUUGCUAUUUACGCAUCUUUUUCAAAAAUAGCACCUAUUCGAGUGCUACUGAAAGUUGUAGAUGCAAAAAAACUACCCCCGAAUCUACCAAAGAAUGUGAGAACUUCUAAAUGGAUUCCUCAAAUUCCAGUUUUAAGACACAAUAACACGCGAUUAUUCAUCAUGCACGGGGGCCUCAUGGGAAUUGAGGAAGCAAUUUAUUAUGGUGUCCCACUAAUUGGAAUGCCGAUAUAUGGUGAUCAAUUUUCCAAUGUGCGUAUUGUUGUUAAAAAAAAUAUGGCUGUUCGAAUGGAUUACAGGAAGAUAACAGAACAAACUUUAGACAAGGCAUUAAAAACGGUUCUCACUAAUCCUUUAUUCAGAGAGUCGGCAAAAUAUGAAUCUCGACUUUUUCGAGAUCGUCCGAUGACUGCAACAGAGACAACCAAUUUCUGGGUCGAGUAUGUGAUCAGGAAUGGACCAGAAGUUUUUAAAUCACCUGCUAUUGAUAUGUAUUGGUGGCAGAUUGCACUUCUGGACGUAUAUAUUUUUAUAUUAUUAUGCUUUGUUCUAAUAAUUUAUUUAACUAUAUUUAUUGUAAAGUAUGCAUUUUCUCUAUUUUUUAGAACUUUAGGAGAUCGUCAACUUAAGAAUAAAAAGAAACAAUGACUUGGAUAU